CGUUAGGACCCGGCUGCGGGGCGGGGGGGGGAGCGCAGCCCGGCGGUUGUUUACCGGGGAGGGAAGAGCCGGGGCAGGUCUCGCCGCGGCGCCGAGCGGAGCCGAGCUGCGCGGCCGGGCUGGCGGUGGCUCCUCGCAGCCCGGGCCGAGGAUGCUGCGCGGGGGCCCGCGGCGGGCGGCGGCGCUGGGCGCCGUGCUGCUGGGCUCGCUGCUGCUGGCGGCUGCCCGCGGCGCCGAGGAGUGCCUCCGCGGCAACGGCGCGUCCUACCGCGGGAACCGGCGAGUGGCCUCCGGCGGCGCCCCGUGCCUCAACUGGCUGGCGGUGCGGAGCGGCCCCGGCGCCGCGCUCCCGGCAGUCGCCGAGGACCACAACAGUUGCAGAAACCCGGACGGCGCCGCCGCUCCCUGGUGCUACAUCCGAGGCGCCGCUGGGGAUCCCGAGCGGAGACCCUGCGACAUCGCCCCGUGCUCAGAUGCCACAGAUGCCACCACUGCCACAGCCCCAGUCCCUACAGCAGCAGCUAAUACUUCUCAGGAGGUCGACCAGGUGUUUGAACCGGCUGACAGCUUGCCCUCCCGGAGCGAGGCAGCCGCUGUGCAGCCUGUCAUUGGCAUCAGUCAGAGAGUACAGAUGAACUCCAAAGAAAAGAAGGACUUGGGGACACUAGGGUAUGUGCUGGGGCUGAUCAUGAUGGUGAUAAUCAUUACCAUCGGAGCUGGCAUUGUCCUGGGAUACAUCUAUAAGAGGGGGAAAGACCUGAAGGAAAAGCAUGAACAGAAGGUUUAUGAGCGUGAAAUGCAGCGCAUCACACUGCCACUCUCGGCGUUCAGCAAUCCUGCCUGCGAGCUUGUAGAUGAGAACACCAUCGUGGUGCACACCAACCAGACGCCCGUGGAGGACGCCCGCGAUGGCAGUGGCCCGCUCAUGGGGCAGGCGGGCACUCCUGGUGCCUGAGCAGCUCGGGCAGGAGCGAUACAGCCUGAGCAGAGCCUCCAGCUUCCCACUGUGAGUGCAGGGGUUGUGUGUGUUCCUUUCUAUUUUGUUUUGUUUUUGAUGAAAGCCAGACGAAGGUGAUGCAGAAGGACGGAGCAACAGGCUGUUCAUCACGAUCUGUUUGAGGGCACCGUUUGGCACAUGGCUGACUGGGGACUGGUGUGGUGGAUCCUGCUGCUUCCUCCCACCUGUCUCGGUGGCAUGCCAGUGAGCUGGGGGAGAUGUUGGGCCAGGCUCACAACUGGCCACAGAUCCCAUAGCCUGGAACGUGGUCUUGGCUUCCUCUUUUCUGUUCCUUUCCUAUUUAACGGUGUGCACUGUUACUUACGUUUCAGCCUGGAUCCCAGGAGGGAGCAGUACUGCAGGGACUGAGGGGAGCUUCACGUCAGACUUAGCUAGAUAAUUACACUCUGAUUAUAGUUCCUGUGUUUUUGCUUUGGUGGCUGAGGGUUGGAGAUGCUGUCCAGAAUCCUGCUACUGGAUUAGUUUUUUUUCCAAGGAAGUUUAUUUGAGGGAUGGCUUUGGCCAGGAGCAGUAUGUUUAGCCCCAGGGUCAAUUUGGAAAAGCUCUUCUGCAGCUCUCGACAAAUCCAGGUCUUCCAGGACUGAGGCCACAUCUCCAUUCCCCUGUGGUGCUGCAGGCACGGCCACGGUUGUAGGCGUCCAGGAGGUCAGUGCCUCCUGCUCGCUUAUACCCAUGAGGAGACCAAAGGCCAGCGGUUGUGGAGUGAAGGAAACAAACUGCCCUUCAGCUGCCUAUAGCGGGUUGAGCACUGAUCACAUCCUCUUCUGAAUUCCCUUGGCUUUGCACAGAGCCAGCUCUGGACAGAGUGGCCAGGCCAGCUGUGCAGGUCACCCUGGCCAUGAUGCAGCAGCUCUUGCUCUAAGGGCAGGACAAGGCAGCUGCUCUUACAAGAUCCCAAAGUUAGGGCCCGGCUCCUGGCCCAGCCUCCUUCACGCACACUCAGCUUGCGCAGCGAGACUACUUGCUUACAGAGCCCGGCCCUAUUACAGAGGUUUUGUAACAACUUCUAUUAGCGUUUCGGGGGUUUGGAAGGGAUGGUUGCUGCAGUGUCUCCCAAACGGCACCAGGGCAAGGCUACUUCAGGGAAACAUCCAUCCCCACCUCAGGGGAUUCAAGCCAUUCAAGUAAGUUUUCUAGCCAUCUGCUUUAUAGCUGUGGGCCUAACAGGGAGCAGCACUUGGCAGCAGGGUUUUUAGUAUUAAUGUUUGAUUCAGAAAAGGGAAAUGUUUUAUUUUUAAAUACCUUUGAAUACCAUUUCUUUGUAAAAUGUUUUAAAUACCUCAUUAUGAGAAGGUGCAGAUUGUGCUACCUUGCAUUAAAGCUUAAAAGAAAAAUGCUGUGUA